AAACACACAAACAGUGAGUGCUUUUCAAACACAUUGUUUUGACACACAUUUCAUUUGAAUGUCAUUUGAUUUGCAAAUCAAUUGUGUGUUUCAUUUGAAUUGUAAACAAUGUCUGAAUUGAAAGUGAGCGCCAGAUCUAAAGUGCUGUCCAACUGGUCGUCGAGUCUUAUAUACAGCGGAUCACCACUUCUGGAGACCAGUGGUCGUCACCACUCGUCCAACAGGUCUGUGAAGCACAUGAGGAGCAACAGGUUGUCCGACAGGAGGGAGACACCACUCGCUGCCAACAAAUACACUGAGAUUAAGACCAAAGAGAAUUUGAAAUAUCACUCAAACAGUACGACAACUAAGGAUCAGAUUAAGGAUCAGAUUAAGCCUAAGACGAGGACUCACUCGCCCCACAAGACUCACAGCUCUAUAUCGUUGAGAACCAGUCGAUUGGAUGACAAACAAAAUGAUAUGAAGUUAAGAAAUGGUGUGAAAAGUGGCGCCAAUUCGGGUGAUAUGUCCGAAGAAUCGGAUCCAACGCCACCAGUGGUUAAGGCGAGCAAAUCGGUGGCCAAAGAGCCGAAGAAAACUGAGAUGAGAAAUGAGCCGAAAGUGCCGGAAAGCGGUGUCGAGUCCAUGGAUGCGAUGGCAACGGAUGACAAUCACAGGCUCUGUGUCCGCGAGGGAUGCGAUCGACGGAUAAAUGAGUUUUACUUAUUUGAAGACAAGUUCUGUUCGUCGGUCUGUGCGGUCACUCAAUGGACGCAAGACUUCCGCAACACAUGGGGUCAGCAGAAGAGUUAACUUAGUUUUGGUUUUAGAUUUUUAAGACACCAUUCAUUCAAUCAAUCAUUUCAUCCCAACACUCAUUUUCAAUCACUUUUUGAUCAUUGAAUUGAUUUUAAUUAUUUUUUAAUGAAAUUUUGCAACUUUUCAAAUGAGUGCACAUUUUGAU